AAGAUUUCAGACUAGGCUAGAGAGUAAAGACAGACAGCGGGACCUGUUAAGUGAAGAGACCUCACCAACGACCGAACCAUUGAAACAGAAGCAGAGAAAGGAAGCUACUCCAAAUCAGAGCAAUCUCCGUCUCCGUUUGACACACUCACUAGCUCUCUCUCAUUACUCGGGCUCUUUUUCUUCUUCACACUCUCACUUCACUACUUAAGUCUUCCUUUUUUUUCGAUUUGUACUCCACUUUUGAGCUCAGAAAUGGAGCAGAUCAUGGCCACGUUCAAGCUCGAAGCUUGCGGCAUCAUUUGAUAUUAAUUUUUUUUCUUUUCCUCGUUCUCGUUUUCUUUUUCGAACUCUCUCGGUAUCUAGAAGCUUCUUUUAGCGCUCUACGAGACCAUGAGCUGCAGAAGAAUGGUAGCCAGGAACUUGGAUCCGGAGAGGAAAAUGAGUGGGGGAUUAAGGACGAAGCAGGCAGGACGAGGAUCGUGUCGCGGAAGUUAGUGUAAUAGCAGUAAGGUUUCGCUCUGACUUGGAAGCGACGGUCUCCGACACCGACCGCAAUUUUGGAAAAUUUACUCACUUUUUCUUUUACUCGAUCUCCGUUAUUUUUGAGCUCGGAGAUAGAGGGUGGCGAUGGGGCUUUUGUUGAGAGAAGCAUUGAAGACGAUGUGCGGCGUCAAUCAGUGGUCCUACGCUGUAUUUUGGAAGAUCGGCUGUCAAAACCCUAAGCUGUUGAUAUGGGAAGAAUGCUACUUUGAGCCUUUGCCAUCUUCCAAUCAUCCAUGCACUUCUGUGAUUGAGAGUCCCAAGUUUAUCUUUGGAGAGUGGAAAAGAUGCUGGAGUUCUUCUGAUGUUCGUUCUCAGCAAAGUACUCAAGCUGAGAACAGAGUCCAUUUGCUUAUUAACAAGAUGAUGUUGAACAAUCAGGUUAAUCUAGUUGGUGAAGGUAUAGUUGGGCGGGCUGCAUUUACGGGAAAUCAUCAAUGGAUUAUUUCAAACAAUUAUAACUCCGAUGCCCAUCCACCAGAGGUUCUAAAUGAGGUGCAUCAGCAGUUUUCAGCUGGCAUGCAGACAAUUGCUGUUAUUCCUGUUCUUCCUCAUGGGGUGGUUCAACUUGGCUCAUCCCUGGCUAUAAUGGAGAAUGUGGGGUUUGUGCAUGAUGUAAAGAGUUUAAUUUUCCAACUAGGGUGUGUUCCUGGAGCUCUUCUAUCCGAUGACUAUGCAGAAACUGUGUCUUCUGAGAAGAUUGGGGUUCCCAUUGCAGUUGGAGUUCCUGUUGCAAAGAAUCAAUCUGGAAAUUAUAAAAUGAUGAACGCGGCUCCUUCAACGACGAACACCUGCAACCUACUUUGCACCUCAUCUCGGUCCUCAAAGCAUAUUGGUCAGUCUUCUUUAGUAACGCAGGUUCUGGAUAAUUCUCAGGCUACUGCUUCAGCAAUGCAAUCCCGUAAUUUGGCCCGAAGGUUAGCUAACUCAUGUGAUAAGCACUUUGUUCCAACGUUUUUUCCAAUGGUUGAUCCUGAUGAUCUCUCGAGAGGUCAACUAGAGAAUGGAGUUGUGGGAUCUGAAGCGAUCCCAUCAAAUUCUGAAGCUUGGGUGAACCAGCCAAUUGCUAAAUACAAUCUUAAGUCUGCCAAUGGUAUGCAAUGUGUUAAUGGUCCAUCUGAUUCCAGUGCCAGCUGCCGAACAUCAAUUCUUCAGCCACUCUUGUCAGAUGCUAGUCGCAAUAAUGAUGUUAAGAAUUUCAUAGAUCCUUCAGAAAGUUUAGUCGGAUCACACAUGCUGACAAAUAGAAACAGAGGUCAUAAGUUGCAUGGAGGUACUCUUACUGCUGGGAAGGUAUUUGAUGGUGUGAAUGGACAGUUCAGAUCAGUUUCAACUCCAGUCUCUGUUUCAGAUCACCGGGGGCAAGUACAUAGUCUCUCCUGCACGCAUCUAGCUGAGACUGGGCAUCAUAUUGUUGGAUCGUCUAGUGUAGAGGAGGUUCCUUUCUCAGGACUGGUGGCCCAAUUAACUACCAGUGAUGUAGUCUCUGGUGACAUAUGUCAUUCCACAGAUGUGAAGCAUACAAGAAAUGACUCCACCUUCGAGAAGGAAAGGAUGGAGAACGAAUUGUUUCAAGUGCUUAAUAUCCCACUGACCCUACUGGACGAUUGUACAUCUUUGAUUGAUCACGUCCCUGGGUUUUUACGUGAUUUUCAUUCUACUGGAAAUCUGGGUCUAGAUGCUUCAAAUGCUGAAAAGGAGGAUUCGUUUACCCGACCUUCCUCACGGGAUGACUUGUAUGAUGUUUUUGGAGUGGAGUUUAAAAAUAAAAUACUAAAUGGAAAAAGAAACAACCUUCUUGCUGUUGCACCAGAUGCAAAACAAAAUUUGAGUAUCCGGGAAGUGAGUUCUGAUUUCUACUCAGUUGAUGAUGGAAUCUUGGGUAGUGGAGUGUUUGGUGCCUCCAGCACAGAUCAUCUCCUAGAUGCUGUUGUUUCUAGGGCAUUUUCAGCUUCCAUGCAGAGCUCUGAAGAAACUGUUUCUUGCAGGACCGCAUUGACUAAAGUCGUGUGCUCCUCUCUUCGUGGUGGUUCUCCAGCCUAUGGCGAGGGUAAAAUAUCUGAUCAGUUACCCGGGGAGUAUUUGGCCCAUCCAAGGUCCCUGGGAAAGUUAGGUACUCUGGCGUCUAUGUCUUUUAUAUCUGGCUGUAGUAAAGAUGAUGUAGGGAACUGUUCUCAAACUAGUUCUAUUUAUGGGUCCCGGAUUAGCUCGUGGGCUGAACAAGGCCCUAUUGUAAAGCGUGAUGACAGUAUCUCGACUGCAUACGUUAAGAGGAAUGAUGAAAUGGGCAAGUCAAAUAGAAAACGGGCUAAACCUGGAGAAAACCCUAGACCAAGGCCAAAGGAUCGCCAGAUGAUCCAAGACCGUGUGAAAGAGUUGCGGGAAAUUGUCCCUAAUAGCACAAAAUGUAGCAUAGAUGCUCUCCUGGAGCGUACCAUCAAGCAUAUGCUUUUCCUGCAAAGUGUGAUGAAGCAUGCAGACAAGUUAAAACAAACUGGGGAGUCAAAGAUUAUUAGCAAGGAAGGUGGACUAGUUCUAAAAGACAACUUUGAGGGAGGAGCAACAUGGGCAUUUGAAGUUGGCUCACAAUCUAUGGUUUGUCCUAUCAUUGUGGAAGAUUUGAGUACACCUCGUCAGAUGCUUGUGGAGAUGCUUUGUGAAGAAAGGGGUUUCUUCUUAGAAAUAGCUGACUUGAUCAGGGGUUUGGGAUUGACUAUCUUGAAGGGGGUGAUGGAAGCUAGAAAUGACAAGAUUUGGGCUCACUUUGCAGUCGAGGCAAACAGGGAUAUAACAAGGAUGGAAAUAUUUAUGUCGCUUGUCCCUCUUUUGGAGCAAACUGGGAAAGCUAAUGCUUCAUCCGGCAGUGCCUUGGAUAACAACAAUUUGAUGGUCCAUCAUGCGAUCCUCCCAGCUACCUCUAUACCUGCCACUGGAAGGCCAAGUAGCUUGCAAUGAACUGCCUGCCAUCUUUUUUGGUCUGGACAUGUUACGAGCGGGCACAGUUUUGCUUGCCAUGACUGACAUUGAUCCAAGUCCAAGUUUUCAGGUCGACUGACCUUUCUGUUUUGUGUCCCAUGAAUCAAAUUUAAGUCUGAACCUCCAGACGGGAGAUGCCGAAAUAUAUAAUGCUUUGCCCAUCAAGACCACCUGCAGAAGUGUAGUAGCUGUGUAUGAUAGCUCUUAGAAGGUUAUUGGUUGUAUGUGUCGGACUGUUCCAACUCUUUUGACAUUACAUUAUCGAUAAUCUUAUAGCCAUAGGGUCGAGAAUGGUUGGUUAGAGUGGUUGAUUCGAUCAACAAAUGUACAGAGGAUGCUGUGAAAAUGUGACUAGUGGGGGCGGAGAGGCGUUCUUUAGCCUAGUACUAUGUGCUUGGUUUUAACUUUGAGAAUCUUCUUGUGAUGCGAAUUAUUGAUUCUAUAAAGUAUAACCUGCGCUGUUCAAUCAGCUCUGUUUAA